AUGGGUAUACUUGCACACGUGACACGGUUUGCGGCGUUGACGGUGGUCGCGCCCCAUGUCGAAGACGUCGCGGAGUUUCUCGUGGACCUAGUCAACAGAGUUGUGGACGAAAAGGUGGAUGUCGAUAUACUCAUGACCAGCGCCGAAUCGCUGGCGGGGAUUUGGGAGAUGGAUCGAGUGCGAGCACGCGAAGAAGACGAAGGUCUGCCCGUAGACGCAAUGUUGGCCGGGGCCACGUUUGCGAUGGAAGACAAGUACAAGCACGUCUUUGAUCAAGACGAAAUGGGAGUGCACGUCUACAACGACGAGUGUUGGAUAAUCAUUGCGGCCACAAACAGUAUGCGCAACUGGGUCAGCAACUUUAACACUUCCGUGUCCGAGUAUUUAUACGACGACACAGUCGUUGGCAGCGCACACGGGGGCUUCGUGGCCGCGUACAACGCAUUUUUUUGCGAGCGGGAUGCAUCACAUAGUUGA